UUGAUACUAAUGUAUAUAUUUAAAAUCCUGAUAAAUUGAUUUUAUUUAGAAAUAGCUAUGUUGCUUACUCUAUAUUUUUUUUCAUAUAGAUUCCUCAGGCAAGGAAAUUUGAUAUCGAGAAAACAAAGCUAAUGUGUGCUAACAUGCUCAAGUGGAGGAAGGAAUUUGGUUCAGACAUUAUUGUAGAGGUAUUGCUUUGAAUUCGUUAGAUAUGUCAUAUUAUCAUGAUGGAAGGAACUAUAAGUGGAGUCGCAACUGCCGAAGCUGAAAUGGCUGGUAAAGGUGCAGCUGAUGCUGCUACUGCAGGGGCUGAAGCUGUUGUGGCUUCGCCCAAAACAAGUGGUAGUCCCAGUUUGAGCAAGUUGUUUAGCGGUAAUUUGUUGGAGAAAUUUACUUUGGACAACUCCACAUACUUGCAGGCGCAAAUCAGAGCUACUUUCUACCUAAAAUUCGAGAAUGAGAAGUCAGAUCAAGAGAUAAGGAUAAGAAUGAUUGAAAUGGUAGCUAAAGGUUUGGCUACCUUAGAGGUAUGUUUGUUGUGAUUUAAAUUUUUGUGUUGGUUGGAAAAUUGUUGAAUGGUGUGAUUUUUAUGAUUUUAUUGAUUUUCAUUGGUGGAGUUAAUCUUGUUGUCCUGCAUGUGUAGGUUUCUCUCAAACACUCUGGUUCUCUUUUUAUGUAUGCGGGUCAUGAAGGUGGAGCUUAUGCAAAAAAUAGUUUUGGAAAUAUGUAUCUUUGUGACAUAUUAUGUAUAUUUUGGAAUUUUUUUGUUUCCUUAUUUACCUUAUGUUCGUUGUUUUUUUCUUGAAUAGUAGUCAUGCAGCAACAUGCAUAAUGGUCAUGCCUUAGGGCAUGAUAGUUUUUCAUUCAUAAAUAAAUAAUUUACUAGGAGUACAUUCCAUUGGCCUCCACUUCUCCCGCUACUCAUAUCCCUUUGUUAUGCUUUCUUUAUAUGGUUAAUAUUUUUAUUUAUGGUU